CAUGUCAAAAAUUGAUUUCCUGCGGCUGCACGUUUCCUGCUGAGUUUUUAAUUGAAAGUCAGCUCUGAAAGAAAGUAAUCUUUCCUAAUGCUGCAAGCACCAGGCGCCAGUAGUUGCUGGUCCUGGAGGCUGUAGGAACUCAGUCUGGCGCAGAAGGAGGCAGCUGUGAAUGGCCUAAAUUCAGUGUUUCAUUCACUGAAUUUAGGUGAACCUUUUUUAAACCAGUUAACUAAACCUACCUUUGGUAGCCAGUCCAGACACUACUAUAUCAACAGCAUGCCAGGACGUAGGCGGAGACGUUCUCCUGAAAAGGAAGGAGGCAAAAUUAAGAAGCCCAAAACUGUUUGUGCUAAAAAAGAUUUAAAUACACCAUUCAGUUCUAAGGCAUGUGCUGCCUGGUUCCGAGAAUACACAAUCACAGAUGAAAAUGUGAUUUGUCCAGAUGGCAUGGAAAAGUUCUGUGAAGACAUAGGAGUAGAACCUGAGAAUGUCAUAAUGUUAUCCCUGGCGUGGAAGCUGGGGGCAAAGAGCAUGGGCUUCUUCAAGAUGGACGAGUGGAUGCAAGGCAUGACGGAAUUACAGUGUGACAGUGUACCCAAAUUACAAGCCAAGUUUGACUCUUUGCGUUCAUUGUUGAAUGACCCUGUGACCUUCAAGAGUAUCUACAGGUUUGCUUUCGACUUUGCACGGGAACCUAAUCAGCGAAGCCUGGAGGUGGACACUGCCAAACAGAUGCUUGCAUUGUUGUUAGGGGGCAACUGGAGUUUGUACGCAAGUUUCCAUCAGUUUCUAGAGUUACAUCAAAAUGGUAAAUACCGAGUGAUCAACAAGGACCAGUGGUGCAACAUACUAGAGUUUAGUCGAUUUAUCUCCCCAGAUCUUUCCAACUAUGAUGAGGAUGGUGCAUGGCCAGUGAUGCUGGAUGAAUUUGUGGAAUGGUUCAGAGAGCAACAGACCAAAACCAGCUGAGAAGGCUGUUGUGUGCUGUGAGCUGUGUCCAGUCCUGAUGAAUGCAAGAAUACAAUAUUUUUUCAUGUACUAUUUUGGGGCACCUUCCCUUUGUCCUUCAGGCUGCGACAUCUUUGUACUGCUAUGAACAGAUAAUUUUUGAAGAAGAAUAAGUCAGAAUGAGUGCUUAUAAACAUUUACUGCUAGGAGCAGAAUACCAGAGAAAAUGGUGCUUACCCACUUCUGGAAGUAUUAGAGUAAGGAAGUUUUAAAAAAAAGUUGGCUGCUUUACUAGUUAACUCCAAGUGAUCGCAUUUAUUUGAGAGAAAUGCUGCACUUCAAGAUCAAAAUCAACCAGAUUAUUCUUUAACUGUAGAAGAUUAGUAGUGAUAACAUGUUUUACCCUUGUUCAGGUUUUUGUUUCGUGUUUCGUUCUGGUCAGUCCAUGUCUUUUAUGAUCUGUUUAAGCUUAUCAGAUGCUGGUCAGUCGAUGAUGCACUGUAAUUGCCUCUGGGAUGGUACAGUUUAGAACUGUGACUGAGAAACUGUGUGUGCCUCAAACUGAAUUUGUCCCUGUUGUGUGAACACCAGUGCACAUAAAAUCCAAAGACCUUCCAUGUUAUUGUACAGCUUGCUUUACUGUGUUGCCAGUCAUAAUGUAGCCGUUGUGGAGCGAGCACCUGUUGCACUCUCAGCAUGCUGAAUUGUCAGGGACUACUGGCAGAGAAGGAAUCAGCAGAAUUGUCAGGGACUUCUUGGAACAUAAACUAACAAUAGUGUGAGGUCAGAGGCCUCUCUUAGGGUGAGGCAGGUAUGUGUUACAAGCUUGUCUGAUAUGUUCCUUGUGUCCUUGCUGUAGCAUGACAUAACUGUUCAAUAAAUGUUGAGCAGUGCAUGAUACAAUCCUUUUUGAGAACAGUGUGUAAUGCACUGAGAAGUUGCACAAUGAAGAGGGUUGGUUGAAAUUCUUAUGUAGGAUAAAGAGAUCAGACUGGGUUUUUUCCUCCCAGGAUAGACAUGCAGGAACAUAAUUCUCUGACAAAAUGAGCUGUAUUUUUAAACUCUGUAGUUUAUUUUACUUGCAUUGUCAAACUUUGUAGAUUAUUUUGCUUGUAUUUUCAAAGUGAAACGUGCCAUGCUCCACCAUGAACAUGCUGAAGCACAAAUUCAUGCUUAGAUUACAGAUGGUGCCUUAUGUGAGGCAUAGUCUCUUCCCUGACACCUGUAACAACAGUAUCAGCUGUGCACUUGCAUAAAUGAAUGGGAUAAGAAGUAUAUAUAUAUACAAAUAUAUAUAAAACAACUUUAUCAAGUUUACCCCUCUAUUAAUUACAGUGCUCUUUUUUGUCCUUCAUUUUUACUUUACUGGAGCACAUUUUGUGAGAAAUGCCAUUUUUAAAUCUUGUCAUAUAGGACAUUUUCUUAAGCUACAAAUGUUGGCUCAGCAUACAUGUGUGUUCAAGUGAGCUAUGGACUGGUUGUGGCAGUUUCACUCAUUUGCAGCACAGUAGCUGUACUCAGUAUCUUCUGUUAUUCACUGUGUUAUUGCUUUGUCAUGGUUUCGUCUUACGUUGAUCCCAUCAUUGUCAUGUCUCAUGGUAUUUCCUACCCAAAACCUACUAAACGUGAAAGAAAAACAUUUGUCUUCCACUGACUUUCAAAGAUGGCAUUUGAAAAAAGAUCUCUUUUGGCCCAACCCCACACUAAGACAGUGGGGGAGGAGGAUUAUAUUUCUUUUGUUUCCUGAAGAUGAUUGGUGGGUGCUAUGGCAGAAGGUAUUUGCUUCAAGUGCUCAUGCUUAUCAGAUGUGAAUCAAGUUUGGAUGUCAAUGCAUGUCAUUCUUGCCUUCUUCCUGCCAGAUCAGAGUGAGUGUCUUGUGCAUGCUACGCAACAAGCAUUCUGUUCUUCUUUGCCAAAUGACUUGUCUGUCCCACACAGGCCAGUACCCUGAUGAUGUCAGCUUAUUGCUUGUAUAUCGUGAAGGGUGAACUUUUGGUGAUGAAUUUUGUAAAUAAGAGAGGGAACGUUUGUGUACAAUCUGUCGUGAAGGCCAGAACAUUCAAUUAAGUGUGUGAAUGUGUUCUCAUACAUGCAUUUUAGACUGCUUUCAGGUGAAGCUUAUCUUCGAGAUGAAGCAACAAAGUAUGCGUGCGUGUUAUACAAGGAAACUGUAACCCUGGUAAAUAGCCAAACCACAUAACGAAAUUACAUUAGUCAGAAAAUGAUGGGUUGUGGGUACACGGAGACAAGGACCGUCUGAAAUAGCAGUGGUGGUGAUGACUGAAAGAUUGAGUUGCUGAGAAGAGCCAGGGAUCAAUUUCUGGAAAGGAGUGAUAGGUGAGAGAAGUGCAGUGUAGAAGUUUUUUUUAAAGAUAUUUAGUUUUUGAGAUAUUCAGACGUUUAAAAUAUUAGAACUAUAUCAAACCUUUUAUUUGUCCAGAGAUUAUGUAUGCAAAGAAAGAUUGUGCAUUUAAAAAAAUAUUUCAGUGGAUGCUUAGGUUUUUUUUAAAGCAACAGUUGAAAACAUUGCUGUGGGAAGGAGCCAGGGUGAGAUUUGCAUAGGAAAUAUGCUGCAUGUACCACUAUAUGGUACACCCAUACAGUUCAACAUCUACAGGUUACUACAAAUUUUGAGUGGCUGUGAAGUCACAGGACCUGCCAGUAUUGCACACUCUUUGUUACAGCAAUGGCAGAUUCAGAUUUAGUUUGCAUUAAAACCUACUUCACUUUCAGAGGUGAGCAGGGGAAAUCAGAGGACAGGAACAUUUUGUACAUUAACCUCAAACGUAAUGUUUAAAUAUGGACAGUUUUAUGAAGGGAACAUUAAUCUGAGUAACUUGAACCAUUCAAAUGUGGUUAGAGUUGAUCUGAUUGUUUAGACUGUAGAAACAGCUGAUAACAACUUGUCAUCAUGAUUGUGUCAUAAAGGAUCAUCAGAUGUGAGGAAUAAUGUUAUCUUUGAGGGUUUUUUGCUGUUUUUAGAAACUGGGUGCCAUCUCUUUACAGCUAUUUUCUGUGGGUUAGGGGUGUAAAAGAUUUAAUAUUUGUUCUGUACUGCAUAGGAAACAAAAAUAAAACUGUUGUUUUGUGCCCGGCUUAUUACAGGUUUAUGAAAGUCUGAUCUUAGCCAAGAGCACUUGAAGUUUGAAGGAAACCAUAAGUUGAAAAAUGUCCUGAAGUUGAGUAAUUUGUAUGGAGCAUCAGGGAAAAUCAAUCUGUAAAAAUAUUAACUUGUAUGUGAAUGAAGCUAAUUUUAGUUGUUUUUAAAAAUGUUUCAAGUUGAUAAACGAAAACAUUUCUACAUGAACUAUUUUGUUUAUAAGGUUAUCACACUUGACUCUUUCCCAUCAUACAUCUUUCUGGGACCUCCCUGUUCCCAACAGAUUUCCUAAAAAUGGGACAACCUUCAUUAAGGCCAGCUUACUUUUUAGUAUCAGAUGCUUACUCUAAUUCACUGUCUUGUCAAUUAUUUUCUUACUCGUACCCCUGGAGAAUGGAUUCCAGAUAUAAAAAAAUUCUAUUGCGCAGUCAGGUUAAGUAAGUUGCUGUGCACUGAACUGUUUGCCAUUAAACCUUUUAUUAAAGAUUAAAAAGUAGCUGCACAUGGUUUCUGUAUAAUGCACUACAGGGUGGGAUAUGAGUGCCAUUCAAGCAUGCAGUGGAAGUAAGAAGAUAGCAUUUAUUUAUUAAAACGUUUUAGAUGUCAGUUUUUAUGUCAAAUGUCAGCCAACAGUUUGGUUUUCGGCAAUGUAAAGGUUGGGAUUGUAGUCCCUGUUUUUUCACCUACAUGUGGGUUUAUGUGAAUAUCCUGAGGGUCACGGUUAUCAGUUUUGUGAUUAGCAGAAUAGUGUAGAGACUGAAGCAAGUACAUCGAGGCUAAUUUCUUUGCAAACAGGCAUGUGAUUAGUGUGACCUUUCAAUUUCAUGCAAAAAUUUGCUUAAGGUUGCCAGUCUAAAGCAGGUUUUGCUGGCUGGUUCAUACCAGACAGAAAAAAACUUUCUAUUCUGCAUGAAAAGUUGAGUUAUGGGUUGUACUGAUACUGGACAGGAAAGACAAUAACGUGUUUAAAUGUUUUCCCUUAUGAAGAUUUGCAUCUACCUCUUUUGUCAACAUGCUGCCUGCAUAUAGGUGAUAAAGGUGAGGUUGUGGCUUGUGUGAAGACAAUGGCAUAAAAUUCCUUGUGUGAAAUAAAGUGAUAGAGACAACAGCGGAAAAGUCCUUGUGAUUGAACUAAACACUUUAGGAAACAUAAUCCGGAUGUGAUAGAGUGCUGAGUAAGCAGAAUGAGUGGAUGUGUACAAGAGAAAUGGACUACAGACAAGAAGGAAUAUAUGGAAGUGCUUGCUACUGUGUUUGUCCAUCCAUGCAUGAGGUGGGAGAGUUUUGUACAGUUGCUAACUAUAGCAAAGUGAUAUUUUGGAAUCAAAGCCAGAAAAUCUAUGUAUCUCCAGUCAAAUCAAACAUUCUUCUCAUUACUGUGAUGUUUCUGCUAUCAAUGUCAUCCAAAGACCAUGCGGAUUUUUCGUAUGACAGUUUAAUGUGUAUUUGAGGUGCAGAUUUGUUUUAGAACACAUUUACUGUACCAGCAUGUGGACCUGGUAACACGCUGUCCUGAGAAUGCAUCCUUCAUUCCUCAGUGUUCAUAUUUUCCUGCCACAGUAUGAACACUCCUGUUUAUUGACAACAUUGCCCUUACUUAGGAUUUCUGCAUAUUUUAACGCUACAUCUUUGUAAUUGCUUUUUUAAAAAAGCUGCAGGUUGUUGAAUUGGCCCUUUGAAUAUAAAGGUUUUGUAUACAUGGUUAAAUAUCUGGAGGACCAUUGCCAGACCAUAGAGCAUAGAGGAGGUAAUGGCAUCAGAUAAGCAAAAAGGCCUACCAACUACUCAACAGCAUCAUAAAGACAAAUUGCAAUAAGACUUCAGGAAUGGAAGACAUCAGUGGCAAUGUACAGAAAGCACUGGUGUACCAGACCAAUGGACUGUAUACUAAAAUACUGGGUAGUGGAUGAGAGAGCAGGACCUGCUCAAGGUGAGCUGAGUGGCAAGCCUUUUCAGCUGCUGUUUGUGUCCAGUUGUUAUUCCUUAAGACCUGCACCAAUGGACCAGCAUAAACUGGUUGUUAAUUGGUAACAGUCAAAGGAUGUACAUGUAUUAAAUAUUUGCUAACAGUUUUGACUUCUAAUGAAGAAGUGUAGCCACAGCAUUCACUAUUGUGCUUUUACACCUAUGAAAGCAUAAAAAAAACAACUUUCCUUUUGCUAUUGGCUUAUUUUGGCAGAUGGUGUAAUUUCAUAAUGCAGGUCUGUUGGGCUGGAAGUGGUGGAAACAACUGUAAUGUGCAACUGUUACACAGCUAGAAACUGUUAGUGAGCCACAUAUUUUGCCAAUGAGUUUGUAGCCAACUUCACAAAUGAGCACAUUCCAUACUAAAGUACAAUGCUACCAUUAUUAAACAAUAUUUGGGAUAUUUUUUUUAAGGGGGUCAGGGUUUGAAGAAAUUAGAAAUUAUGCUAGUUUCCUUAUCCCAUUAUCGUUGUGGACUGGUCCUAACUGCAUAUUGUGUUCUGUGCUUCAGUUUCGGCUUCAAAAGUAUUGGCAGGGCAGUUUGCAUCGUUUUCUCUUAUAGACUCAUAAGUAUUUGCAUCAGUAUUUUUCUUUUACAAACAGCUGACUGCCUUGGAUGAUGUCAAUGCUUCCAGGUUUCCAGAUGGGCACAUCUCAACCAAAUGCACAAAAGACUUAGUGAUGUAUAAUCUUUUGUCUGGUGUUCACUAAUCAUUGUUUUUCUAACUUAAACUGACUUGACUGUCACUUAUGAUUUUACCCAAAUUUCAAUGUAUAAAUAUAUUCCCACAAGAAUUUAAAUGAUGCCUGUUCUGAUUACUGAAGAAACAUGCCUGUAGGUGAUGUAUGGAACUUUGAGUUUUGCAUUUUCCCUGCUUCCCUACUGACACAAGUACUGCAUGUUUACCUGUGGCUGUAUGUGAAGUCUGUUUAUAGGGUAAAAUAAGACUGAUUAAAAAAAAACUAAAUAAACAUUUUAUACAAAAAA